UCUCACCGUCAACUACCUGACCCCGACAACCGAAAAUUCACGAUUUCAUCAAACGGUCAGGAUCAUCAAGUUCACUAAUCCCGCUGUCUGCGGGUUACCCAAAUUACCCCUGGAAACGUAACGUUAAAAUGAUGGACAAUCAUAAAAUACAAAAUCGGGGUCAUUUUCGUAAAAAAAGAAAAAGAACAAUUAAGCUCACAUGUUUAACUAAAUUAAUGGAAAAGAAAAAAGAAAAAAAGAGUCAUUUAAAAAUUGUCUAAAGAGCGCACACGAUUAGUCUCCCACUGACACCACUUCCUGGCACUCCCAAAAAAAAAAAAAGCUCUAUUGUUUUACUCUCUCUCGUUAAUGGCGGAUUUGGGACUCUGUUAGUUUGUUUCAAAGUUUACAUUCUUAAUAUUCCAAAUAAGGGACGGUCUUUAGGAAAUCUUGAAGAUGCUGGACGGGAUUCUUGGCCGAGGUUUUGCAUCAAAAUGUAAGUCAUUGAUUAAAAUGACAAAGAGUCGGAUCGAUGUUAUAAGGAGAAAGAGAAAUGCUACUUUGAAGUUUUUAAAGAAAGAUAUGGCUGAUCUGCUUUCUAAUGGACUCGAUAUCAACGCUUAUGGAAGGGCAGAUGGACUCUUAGCUGAAUUGACAUUGUCAUCUUGCUAUGAUUUUGUUGAGAAAUCUGGUGAUUUUGUGUUGAAGCAUCUUUCUAUCAUGCAAAAGAUCAGACACUGCCCUGAGGACUGUAGGGAGGCUGUAUCAUCCCUAAUGUUUGCAGCUGCUAGAUUUUCUGAUUUGCCAGAGUUACGUGAUCUUAGGGAUGUAUUUUAUGAGAGAUAUGGGAGCUCCUUGGAACUGUUUGCAAAUCAAGAGUUUGUUGGGAAUUUGUCUUCAAAGCCAUCUACAACAGAGAAGAAAGUUCAACUAAUGCAUGAAAUAGCAUCAGAAUUCAGAAUUGCAUGGGACUCCAGGGCAUUUGAACAGAGGGCAUCUAAGGAUUCUAAACCCUCUGCAUCUGCACAGGGCCAACCUAAAAUCUAUGGGCCUUCAUACACUCAUGAUGAUAAAUACAAUUCAAUCAAUGGCAAAGACACUGUUCCGAAAGUAAAACAUGAUGUUUUGCCGAAAGAAAGGCUUGAGCAUGCUAAUGAUGGGUACAGAUUGUUCAGCGAAAAAGAGAGCAAUGUCUCAAAAAGAAAUGGUUUCGAUUCUCAAUCUGGAUAUGAAGUCCCCAGCAAUGAAUACAAGCUACUAAAUGUUAGGGAAGAACCAAUUCAGAAUAGGGACACCCAUGAUAGUGUGUUCCAAGGAAGGCAAGAAGUCAUUGUGGAGAAGCAUGAAUCACAGAAGGGGGAUAUUACCUCAAAAACUGUUAGAAAUGGGUUCAAUUCUCAAUCCAGAUAUGAAGUCCCCAGCAACAGAUACCAACCACUGAAUGUUAGAGAACAACCCAAUCUGAAAAGGGAUAACCAUGAUAGUUUGUUCCAAGGAAGGCAAGAAGUAGUGGAGAAGCGUGAACCAUGGAAGGAGGAUGCAUCCCGUAGAACUGUUAGAUCAGGCAGUUCAUCUCAGAGGAAAAGAACAGAAAGUGUUGAUGGUGGAUAUAAUAUGUUUGAUGGUAGGGAGAACGCUGUACCUAAACAAGAUGAUGAAGGCACUUUAACUCAUGGAAAGCCAGAAACUUUUUCUGGUUAUACAGGAUUAUGGUCAAAGGGUGAUGGUAAAGAUUCAGUGGCUGGUUAUCAUCGCGGACCUUAUGGUGGCCAAUACAAUGCAGCCAACCCAGCAACAGAUGUUCAAGAGGAAUCAAGCAAGUUAAAUCCCUGCUGCAAUAAUGCCAUCCCCCCUCCUUACACAAAACCUAAUUCUAAACUGAAGGAUGGGAAAUAUGGAGGCAAUUUAGGAUCUUCAGUUUCAGGUGCUGAUGUGUAUGUAGACCCAAAAGAUCCUUCAAGGAACAACAGAGUCUAUGCUACUAAUAGAUCAGAGAAAAUUCUACAAGAAGCAUAUUAUUUUGACCAUGAAAGGCAGAGUGUUGGAACCACAAGAGCAAAUGGUAAUGGGCAUGAGAACGAUAAUAAGCACAAGGAUGAUGCUAUUAGUAAUCCGAUUCCAAAACCUAGAUCUUCAAGACGGAAGCAUUCAAGAUCACAUGCUGGCCAUGAUGAUGUUGGCAAUUUGGAGGGCACAGGAGUUGUGAAGAGGAGAUCAAGAAGCAGGAGAAGGGAUGACUCGAGGCGAGGCUUGCAGGUUUUGUUUGAUGAUGAUCCACAUUAUAAUGAUGAAGAGGAAAGGAUUAUAGAUAAACUGCUGAUUCAUUAUAGUAAGAAACCAUCGGCCGGUGAACCUGGAAGGGUCAGAAGAAAGUCCAAAAGUCAUCAGGCAGAUGACCAAGGCAUUGAAGAUAGGUCCCCACAGCACAGCAGCAAAGAUGGGGCUGAUGAAAUCUUGGAGAUGCUUCCACCACCCCGAUCAAUUUCCCUCCCGCGUGAACAAACAGCUCCAUCUGAGGCAACAAAAGUGUUUACUCGUGCUGCUUCUUUCCAGCCAGAUGGGUCAAACCCAGCUAAGCAUGUGCAUCCCAAGUUACCUGAUUAUGAUGACUUGGCUGCUCGGUUUGCAGCUUUGAAAGGGAGGUAAAUCCUUUGACCAGCCAGUAUCAGCAUCCUUCUUGUUCAUCACAAUGAGUGCACUGGAAUAUAUCAUCUUACAUUUUUUCCAUAAGCGAGUCCAAUACUGAUUUGCAAGAAGAGAGACUUGUCAUGUUUCAAUCAGCAAUGGCUGAAAUACUUGCUAUAGGUGUGGCCUUGCGAAGAAAUGCAAUUUAACAGUAAAUUCAAGCAUGGCACUUGUGGGUUUGUACUUGUAAUAUCACUUCAAUUUCCAAAGCUUUAGGGUGUAAAAUUUGUGUUGUGCAUGUAACUUCAAAUGACAAAGAUGCUACAUGGUUGAUUGAUACAAAUUGAGAUAAAAGAUUAAUCAUACUAGAAUGUGAUACCACUUGAUAAUACUAAUUACCAGCUGUAUUUUUCCCUUCUCUUUAUUGGAUAUUAAGUUUUUACA